CAGAUAAAUGGGACUCGUGAAACCCCGGCGAGGGACCAGAAAAAUUUCGAAAUCAGCUCGAGACGAUGGCGCUUCUGAGGCCGCCUCCUCUCCAGCUUCGCUUCGCUGCCCGCCGUCUCUUCUCCUCUCCGGCCCUCUUCUCUCGCCCCUCGUCUCUCCCCUCGUUACCUCGCUCCCGUUCCCGGCUCUUCCUCAGAACCAGAAUCUGGAGCAUCCGCCCACGGAGGAAUGGAGUGGGAGUGAGGGCUUUUAUGUCGUCAAGCAUUACUGCGGAGGCGCUUCAAGAGAAAGCCCGGUCACAAGCCUACGGCUCCGACCAGAUUCAGGUUUUGGAAGGGCUAGAUCCAGUUCGGAAGAGACCUGGAAUGUAUAUUGGGAGCACUGGACCCCGUGGCUUGCAUCAUUUGGUAUAUGAAAUAUUGGACAAUGCCAUUGAUGAAGCUCAAGCAGGUUAUGCCUCGAAGAUUGAUGUUGUUUUACAUGAGGAUAGUUCCGUGAGUAUCACUGAUAAUGGACGUGGGAUUCCUACGGACUUACAUCCCGUGACAAAAAAAUCUUCCUUGGAGACUGUUUUGACGGUUUUACAUGCUGGAGGGAAAUUUGGUGGUUCAAGCAGUGGAUAUAAUGUCUCUGGUGGAUUGCAUGGUGUGGGCUUGUCUGUUGUCAAUGCCUUAUCUGAGGCACUAGAAGUUACAGUGUGGCGUGAUGGGAAGGCAUACCAACAAACCUAUUCUCGUGGGAAACCAAUGACAUCUUUAACUUGUCACCUUCUGCCAGCUGAAUCAAGUGCUCGUCAGGGGACAUGUAUCAGGUUUUGGCCUGAUAGAGAUGUAUUCACUACUUCCAUGACUUUUGAGUUCAACACAAUUGCUAGCCGCAUACGGGAACUUGCUUUCUUGAAUCCUGAGGUACAAAAUAUUCUUCAUAAUUGUUUUAUGCAACUUGCAAUUUUUGUACUGCUUGGUCAUUUUCAAUUUCAAAUAUUGUCAUGACCCGUGACAAGUUUA